ACGCUCCGGAGGCCCGGCCCUGCUCGCCUUCUGGAAGGACCCCGCGGGCCGGCUGUUCCGGGAGGCGCCUCCGCCAUGGACCUCGUGGGGCUGCUGAAGUCGCAGUUCCUGUGCCACCUGGUCUUCUGCUACGUGUUCAUCGCCUCGGGGCUCAUCGUCAACACCCUGCAGCUCUGCACGCUCGUGCUCUGGCCCAUCGACAAGCAGCUCUUCCGCAGGCUCAACUGCCGGCUGUCCUACUGCGUCUCCAGCCAGCUGGUGAUGCUGCUGGAGUGGUGGUCGGGCACGGAGUGCGUCAUCUACACGGACCCCCGGGCCUACCCCACGUUCGGGAAGGAAAACGCCAUCGUGGUUCUGAACCACAAGUUUGAGAUCGACUUUCUCUGCGGCUGGAGCCUGGCCGAGCGCUUCGGGGUUCUGGGGGGCUCCAAGGUGCUGGCCAAGAAGGAGCUGGCCUACGUGCCCAUCAUCGGCUGGAUGUGGUACUUCACCGAGAUGGUCUUCUGCACGCGCAAGUGGUUCCUGAUCCACUGCGAGGGCACGCGCUUCACGGAGAAGAAGCACCAGAUCAGCAUGCAGGUGGCCCAGGCCAAGGGGCUGCCCAGCCUCAAGCACCACCUGCUGCCGCGCACCAAGGGCUUCGCCGUCACCGUGCGGAGCCUGAGAAAUUUCCUGAUCCACUGCGAGGGCACGCGCUUCACGGAGAAGAAGCACCAGAUCAGCAUGCAGGUGGCCCAGGCCAAGGGGCUGCCCAGCCUCAAGCACCACCUGCUGCCGCGCACCAAGGGCUUCGCCGUCACCGUGCGGAGCCUGAGAAAUGUAGUUUCAGCUGUAUAUGACUGUACACUCAAUUUCAGAAACAAUGAAAACCCCACCCUGCUGGGCGUCCUGAACGGCAGGAAAUACCACGCAGACAUGUAUGUCAGGCGUAUCCCCCUGGAGCAGGUCCCGGAGGACGAGGACCAGUGCUCGGCCUGGCUGCACAGGCUGUACCAGGAGAAGGACGCCUUCCAGGAGGAAUACUACCGGACGGGCACCUUCCCCGAGACGCCCAUGGUGCCCUCGAGGCGGCCCUGGACGCUGCUCAACUGGCUCUUCUGGGCCUCGCUGCUGCUCUACCCCUUCUUCCGCUUCCUCGUCAGCAUGGUCAGCAGCGGGUCCUCCCUGACGCUGGCCGGCUUUGUCCUCGUCUUCUUUGUGGCUUCCAUGGGGGUCCGAUGGAUGAUCGGCGUGACGGAGAUCGACAAAGGCUCCGCCUACGGCAACAUGGACAGCAAGCAGAAACAGAGGGACUGACUCAGGACACGCUCCGUCCAGAGCGGACCUUGGGGAGCGGGUGGGCGCUAUCUGUCCCUCCCGGUGCGACCCAGCGAGGGCGCUGGGGGAGUCCCUGCUGGGAGGCAGGGCCUCUAUUCUCCACGCCGCUGGAUGGGGCAGAAGACGUGCUUUGAUCCGUCCUUCCCCGUGUGCAGUAGUGGGUUCCGCUUCUCUUUCCCUGUGAGUGCGUGCGUGCGUAAGAACACGAGGUGAGGGUGCGAGGCUGCCUGCCAGCCCUGUCCUGUGAUCGUGCCUCGGUGUCUGGUGCAGGGGGAGGGCAGGGAGGGGAGUCCCUUUCAUCCUUUGGUGCUGUUUUCUGUAGCCGAUUGCCAGGUAGAGCCAAGGCGCUAUAGGGAAGAUGAUUAAAUUAUGCCUCCAAAAAAAGCA